AUGAACCGAAGAAAAAUUACCCGUACUCCUGAAGAAGAGGAGGAGGUUAUGAGACUCAGACGCGAAAGAAAUAAUGAAAAUCAACGUCGAAGUCGCGAAAGAGCCGCCCAAAUUGAAAAAAUGAGCGGUAAUUCUAAUGCGGAACAAAAAAAUGAAAAAAUUACACAGACACAACAUCAAAGAAAUUAUCGCUCAAGGCAACAUAAUUUUAUUGAUUUAGCUCUACUCCGACUCGAAAAUUCAACAAGUGAGCAUUAUAUUGGUGUAAUGAAUAUUUCUUGUAUACAUUGUGGUGCAAGACAUUUUGCUUCUGAAAAAGUUGCGAAUAGAGGCAAUUCUUUUAAUGAUUGUUGUGGACAUGGUCAAAUACGGUUGGAACCUCUACCCACUCUUCCUGCAAAUUUACAGUCAUUGUUUUGCGGCUCCCAUCCAAAAUCACGAUUUUUUUUUGAACAUAUCCGAAGUUACAAUAGUUCAUUUUCUUUUGCAUCUUUUAAUGCUAAUUUAGUUAAGUUUAGUUCUCGACCAGGACCAUAUUGCUUUAAGAUACACGGGCAAAUAUACUACCAAAUUAAUACAGCACUAUAUCCGUCCUCUAGCGAAAAUCCCUGUUAUGGACAACUUUUUAUCGUUGAUGCACAUGAAGCAGCAGAAUUUCGACAAAAGAACAAUUCAGAAUGCGACAUGGAGCUCAUGGAGUUGAUUGAUGAUAUAAUGCGGGAAAACAAUGUAUUUGUUCAUUCCUAUCAAAUGAUGAAUGAAGAAAUAGAAAAUCAAAAAUCCAUGCAUGCAGAUUAUGAUCCUGAAUUACAACUUUUAUUUACAUUAAAACCAGGUGUGGAUAAAAAUCGCUACAAUUUUCAAAGGGUCAAUGAAGUGGCUGCAGUUUUUUCUACAACAGCUGAUGGCGACAUUCCAGAGUCCUAUGUUACGAUAAGAAACAAAAACGAUAAAUCAUUGCAGUAUGUAAGUAGCAUGGAUCCCAAUGUAGAACCAUGGAUAUAUCCAUUAUUUUAUCCAUUCGGUACACGAGGCUGGCAUCAAGACAUAAAGUGCGUAAAUAAAUCUCGAAGAGUUACACGGGCGGCUUAUACCAAAUAUAGAAUUGCAGUCCGUGAUGAGAUCAGCGUAUUUUUAAAAGGGCGCAGGUUAUUUCAGCAGUGGUUAGUUGACAGUUACGUAAAAAUUGAAAAAGAUCGCAUUAAUUUUUGUAAGGAAAACCAAAAAAAACUCAGAGCAGAAUCAUAUCAAGGUUUGGUUGACCACUUACAAAAACGGGCAGAAGACCAAAAUGGAAAUGUGGGCAAAAUGGUAGUUUUACCAUCAACAUUCCAAGGAUCUCCUCGAAAUAUGCUACAAAAUUAUCAAGACGCAAUGACAAUAGUAAGGAAACAUGGUAAACCAGACCUUUUUAUAACUAUGACCUGCAAUCCAAAAUGGCGAGAAAUCAGCGAAAACUUGUUACCUGGACAACAUGCAUCUGAUAGACCAGAUUUGGUGGCCAGAGUCUUCAACAUAAAAAAAAAUGCAUUAGUUGAUUUGGUUGUAAAUCAAAAUUUCUUUGGUGAAGUACAAGCAUAUGUUUACGUCAUUGAAUUCCAAAAACGAGGCUUACCUCAUGUACAUAUGUUAGUUACUCUAAAGCAGUCACAAAAAAUAACAACCCCUGAAAUUGUCGAUCGAUACAUAUCAGCAGAAAUUCCAGAUUUUCAGGAAGAACCAAUAUUGCAUAACAUUGUGUUGGGAAAUAUGGUUCAUGGACCAUGUGGUGACUGGUGUUUAACAGAAGAGAAGACCUGUUCUAAAAAUUACCCAAAACAAUUUCGAGAAGAAACUACAAUGGAUGAAAAUGGGUAUCCUUAUUACCGUCGCAGAAAUCCUGGUAUGUCAUUUAAAAGGUCUUCUGAUGGAUACGUUUGCGAUAAUCGGUAUGUCGUACCACAUAACCCCACACUGUUAAAGUUAUUUAAUGGUCAUAUAAACGUAGAGGUCGUUUCCAGUAUUAAGUCAGUUAAGUAUUUGUACAAAUAUGUUUAUAAAGGUCAUGAUGCAGCAAAUAUAAUUAUUUCUGAAUCAAACAGCACAACCAUCGAACACGAUGAAAUCCGAAAUUUUAUUGAAACAAGAUAUGUCGGACCAGUUGAAGCUGCAUGGAGAAUUUUAGAAAAGCCUUUGCAAGACAAAAGUCAUUCGAUUACAAGACUGCCAGUUCAUUUGCCAAACCAACAAAAUGUGUUUAUUGCUGAUGAUUGCGAUGACAAUGAAAUCAGAAGUGCUUUAGAACGGCAAACAAUGUUAAUUGACUAUUUUGCCUUAAAUUCUCGAAACCCAGAAGCCCGUCAGUAUAGUUACAGCACAAUACCGACAUACUAUGUGUUUAAAAAAGUAGAUGGCAAAUAUCAAUGGAUCCAUCGUCAAAGACAAUUUAAUGUGAUUGGUCGUAUGUACUCUGUUAGUCCAACUCAAACUGAGCUUUUCCAUCUUAGAAUUUUAUUACUUCAUGUUAAAGGACCACUGAGUUUUGAGGAUAUAAAAACUGUUAAUGGAGUAAGACAGGAAUCAUUUAUGGCUGCAUGUUUGGAAUUAGGGCUUAUUGAAGAUGACCACGAAUGGAAAAGGGCAAUGAAUGAAGCUGAAAUUUGGAUGAUGCCAAGACAACUUCGAUAUCUUUUUGUUCGUAUUUUAAUACAUUGUCAACCAAUACAUCCUGAAGAACUUUGGGAAGAAUUUAAAGAUGCAUUGUCAGAAGACUAUCGAAGAAAAUAUAACGGCAGUCAAGAUAUGAAAAAGGCCUACGUUCAACUUGAUUCGAUGUUGAAUCUAGAAGGCUGGAGUAUUUCAAUGUUUCCUACUAUGCCACAAAUAACUGAUUUGGAUAAUGUCAGUAACGACAUGGAAAUUUUGAAUGAAGAAGAAGCAUUUGAUACAUUGCUAAAUCAAUACGAUUCUUUAAAUGCAAAACAAAAGGAAAUUGUAGAUUUCAUUUUAGAAAAAGCUGACAACCAAACAGAUGAGAACAAUGAAGAGACCUCUUGCAUCUAUAUUGACGGUCCUGGUGGAUCCGGUAAAACAUAUCUAUACACUACCCUUUAUGGUAUGCUGAAGACGAGAAAUAAAAAUGUUUGUACGAUGGCGUUCACCGGUAUCGCAGCCACAUUGCUUCCACAUGGAAGAACAGUGCAUAAAACGUUCGGAUUACCAGUUCCUCUAUUUUCGGACUCCAAUUCGAGCAUUAAAAACAAUACGAAAGAGGCAAACUAUCUUAAAAGUGUCGACGUUUUCAUUUGGGACGAAGCACCAAUGGCACUAAAGGAUGCAUUAGAAGUUAUCGAGAGAACAUUACGCGAUUUAACGAACAAUAGGUUGCCUUUUGGAGAAGAUAAAAUUGAGAUAAUUCUUAUUUAUGGCGAAGAGAAAACCAAUCGAUUGACUGCUGAAAUUUUUAAUACAAGAUAUCCAGAAAAAAAUAUUUCUCAUACCACUGUCGGUCGCAUAUUGACAAAAUUUAGAGAAACUGGCUUUGUUCAAAACAGUUUUAAAACUCUUGUGAAUUGGCAAGUGAAUGAGCAUGAAGAAUCUGUGAUGCUUGAUGUUGUUGAACAUAAAACAACAUCAGUGUCACAAAUUGCCAAUAGAACGGGCGUCAAAGGAACAACAGUGCGGAAAAUUUUAAAGAAAAAUAAGUUUAGGCUCUACAAACCAAAGUUUAUUAGCACAUUAAAAGAGCGGGAUCUUGUUGCGAGGUUCGAUUUCUGCGCUUGGAUUCAAGGAGAAAUUGAAGACAACGAUUCUUUUGCUAAACAAAUUAUGUUUAGCGAUGAAGCAACCUUUUCGUCAAAUGGAGUGGUAUCCUCUCAAAAUUGUAGAUGGUGGUCAGAUGAGAAUCCCAAUUUUAUCACUGAAGCCAGAGAUCAAUACUCUUUCAAGACGAACGUUUGACCAAGAAUUGAAGCUACCUUACCGGCAUAUGAUAAUCCACUGAUGCGCGAUAUGAUUCCAAAAAAUUUGCAAGAUAUCAAAAACAUUGAUUUAGUAUGGAUGAUUUCCCAUGCCUGCGAGAUCUCAACACCUAUGUGGGUUGGAUUUAAUUCAAAAGUAAUAAAAGACGACCAAAUUAAACAGAAAGUUCUAUAUUUAAUGCCGAUUAAUCAGCCACCAACCGACAAAUCGGUAGUACUCGAAACGAUGAGAAGAGCUAUCAGAAUUGCAGACGAAUGUCAUGAACAAUACGCACAGGUUACAUAUGAUUUAGGUAUUGCGAAAAUCGCUGUACCUCUUCAAAAUUCAGAACUGUUGGAAUUCAAGCGAUUAUUUGUUCACAUCGGAGGUUUCUACAUCCUUGCCGCUUGGUAUAAAGCAGUAGGUACUUUUAUAAAUGGUUGUGGCCUAGACACUUUGUUGGUGGAGAGUAAUUUAAUUGGAUGUGGCUCAAUAAACGGAUUUUUAUCUGGCAAAAAUUUCAACAAAGCAAAACGAUUGCAUACUCUAUUAUAUGUAUGUUUGCAAUCACAACAAUUUCAUUACUUUUUACAAAUUAAUGAAAUAGAAGUAAGUCCAAAUGUGAAAGUUGCAUUACAAAAUGUCAGUGAUGAUACAUCUCUAAACGAAGUAAUCGAAAAUGAAGAAUUAUCAAGAAUUUUGAGUAAAUUUGAAGAAUUUCAAGUUCAAAAUGAAAAUUCAAAAUUUUACUGUUUGCACAUCGAAAAAAAAGAUCAAACUUGGAAACAAAGUUCAAGAAGUCAAGCUACAAAGAGAUUUGUUUGGACGAUUACUAGGAAUUGCAAUGGAGUUGAUAUAGAAAAGAUUUUGACCUAUCCGCUUACACCAGUACCUUUAUCAUUAUGUCACUUAGAUGGCACAAUUAAUAAAACUAAUAAAUGUGCUUUAGCCAAAAUCAUCGAAAAAAGCAUUACCGAUCAUGAGGAGCCACAAAGUGCCCAAAUUAUUAUGGUCGAUGGAUUUUUCUUUUUGCACCAAAUAAAGCAAAUACCGCAAAAAUUUGGUGAAAUUUCAAAGAAAAUCCUUCGUAUCUUGACAAUGGAAGAUUCUUCACAGAUAUACAUCAUUUUUGACGAGUACAAAACACCAUCAUUAAAAGAGAACGAGCACAUUAUGAGGGAUACUUUUUAUCUUGACUACAAUAUCACAGGUGAAGAUGACGUUGCGGAGGAGGAAGAGAAGGAGGGGGAGGAGGAGGACGAGGAGGAGGAGGACGAGGAGGAGGAGGAGGACAAGAAGGAGGACGAGGAGGAGGAGGAGGAGGAGGAGGAGGAGGAGGAGGAGGAGGAGGAGGAGGAGGAGGAGGAGGAGGAGGAGGAGGAGGAGGAGGAGGAGGAGGAGGAGGAGGAGGAGGAGGAGGAGGAGGAGGAGGAGGAGGAGGAGGAGGAGGAGGAGGAGGAGGAGGAGGAGGAGGAGGAGGAGGAGGAGGAGGAGGAGGAGGAGGAGGAGGAGGAGGAGGAGGAGGAGGAGGAGGAGGAGGAGGAGGAGGAGGAGGAGGAGGAGGAGGAGGAGGACGAGGACGAGGACGAGGACGAGGACGAGAAGGAGGAGGACGAGGACGAAUCUGAGUCUGAAAUUGACGGUAAUGACGAUAAUUAUGGCGUCGAUGAUGAGGACUCUCCAUCUUCCACAGACAUAGACAACAGUGAAAGUGGAGAUGAAAGCUCCUGA